GGAGGACUCAUUAGUCAUAGACAUACUUAACUGUAAGUUGCAGAGAGAACUUACACAAACACAAGUACUAGUAGUAUCGGCAACAGCUUUGUUUUGUGGCUGCCUCUCCAACUGAGCUAGCUUUUAGAUAAAUGGAAGAGAGCCGGUCGAUUGCAGAUACUGUAGAUUACAAAGGAUCUCCGGUCGAUAAAUCUAAAACCGGUGGUUGGGUACCAGCUGCUUUGAUCCUUGGUUUAACUGAAAUAUGCGAGAGGUUAACGACCAUGGGUAUAGCAGUAAACCUUGUAACAUAUUUAGGAGGGACGAUGCAUCUCCCAAGUGCUACAUCUGCAAAUAUCGUCACCGAUUUUCUGGGAACGUCGUUUCUCCUUUGUUUACUAGGAGGUUUCCUUGCGGAUUCAUACUUACGCAGAUACAGAACUAUUUUGAUUUUCGCUCUUAUCCAAGGACUGGGUACUGCCGUAUUAUCCAUAUCGACAAAAUUGCCGCAGUUACGUCCACCACCAUGUAAUAACACCAUAAGCCCUGAAAAAUGUGAAAAGGCCAAUGGAUAUCAAAUGGGAGUUCUAUAUCUUUCACUGUAUCUGAUUGCACUUGGCACUGGAGGACUUAAAUCGUGCGUAUCAGGAUUUGGAACCGAUCAGUUCGACGAGAAGGAUGAGAAGGAGAAAGUCCAAAUGGAUCACUUCUUUCAACGACUAUUCUUUUUUGUUAGCUUAGGUACACUAACGGCUGUCACGGUUUUAGUCUAUAUACAAGAUGAAGUAGGUCGAAGUUGGGCUUAUGGUAUCUGUACAGUUUCAAUUCUUAUCGCCGUCUCUAUAUUUGUAUCGGGGACUAAGAGGUAUAGGUACAAGAAAAUCACUGGGAGUCCUGCUGUUCAGAUAUUUCAAGUCAUUGCGGCUUCUGUAAAGAAAAGGAAACUUGAAUUUCCUUCUAGUAUCGAGUUAGCGUACGAGGAUUCAUCUGAGGAUCGGAGACUUCAGCGCACGGAUCAGUUUCGUUUCUUGGACAAAGCUUCAAUUAUUGCUGGAGACAACGAAAAACCUAAGCAUUUGCCACCAAACCCCUGGCGGUUAUGUUCAGUGACAAAAGUGGAGGAAGUGAAAAUGAUGAUCAGAUUGCUGCCGAUUUGGGCGACAACAAUAUUUUUCUGGACAACAUAUGGGCAGAUGAUGACGUUCUCUGUUGAGAAAGCUGCAACCAUGCAUAGGUCCAUCGGGAAUUUCCAGAUUCCAGCAGGCUCUCUUACUGUCAUCUUUGUAGCCGCGAUUUUGAUAACUAUAGCAGUCUAUGACCAGCUGGUGAUGCCACUUUGGAAAAAGUGGAAAGGAACUCAAGGAUUUACAGAUUUACAGAGAAUUGGUUUAGGGCUUAUGCUAUCGACACUGGGAAUGGCAUUUGCAGCUAUCUUUGAGGUUAAGCGUUUAUCAGUCGCCAAGCAUGCUGGUGAUCAUGUCUCCGCUAAGUCGACCCUGCCAGCAAGCGCUUUCAUCUUGAUACCACAGUUCGUCUUUGUUGGUUCCGGAGAAGCAUUCAUUUACACAGGUCAGCUUGAUUUCUUCAUAACCCGGUCGCCCAAAGGGAUGAAGAGUAUAAGCACAGGACUCUUCCUAACAACUCUAUCACUCGGCUUCUUUGGUAGUAGUUUCCUAGUCUCAGUUUUAAAGAAAAUAACUGGCCGAAAUGGUGGAUGGUUAGCUGAUAACAUCAAUGAUGCAAGGCUUGACUGCUUUUACGGGCUUUUGGCUGUGUUAAGCUUCAUCAACUUUGGAUUGUUUAUCUGGAGUGCAGUUUGGUACAAAAGAAAUGAACCUAGUAAGAAUUCUUCCGUGGAAAUGGAACGCAUUAAAACUGUUGGCACAGCGGAAAUCAGAAGUGAACACAGGUAUGUUUUGGAGCAACUUUAAUCUUUGUUAUUGAAAUUGUUGCUUGAUUACAACACUAACA